AACAUGGUACCAGGAGUAAAUUAUGAUGUAAAAUAAAAACACAUUAAGUGAGGAGUUGUGACAAGCGACAUGGAUUCAUUAAAGCCACCGGAGACGCUAAAACGUUCGGGAAAUGUCGACAGCAACUGGCGGACCUUCAAGCAGCAGUUCCAGCUUUACAUCACGGCCAUGGGACUGGAAACUAAGCCGGAUGCUAGGAAGGUAGCGCUACUGCUAACUAUAGCAGGCCCACAGGCGAUAGAAGUGUACAAUACUUUUGUGUAUGAAGAGCAGGCUGAUAAAGACAAACUGAAUAAAGUGCUCGAGAAAUGUGAUGCCCACUGCUCUCCCAGAAAGAACGAAACAUACGAGAGAUAUGUAUUCCGUUCACGUGUGCAGCAGCAUGAGCCUUUUGAUAGCUUUCUGACUGACCUGAAGCUAAAAGCACAGUCAUGCAACUUUGCUACGCUGAGGGACUCCAUGAUACGGGACCAGAUCGUUUUUGGCGUGGAGGAUAAAAAGGUCAGAGAAAGGCUGCUAAGGGAAACGGAGCUGACAUGUGAAGCAGCUAUAAAAAUCUACCAUGCAAGCGAGCUGUCCCAAAUGCACGUCAGGACUUUCAGCGAGAUGGCGGGCGCGGCUAACGUGAGUGAUGGCGCAGCAGUUGGUGCGGUCUCCAGCCAAGGCAAAUGACUGGGUUAACUCGAUGGUCUGUGUAAAGAAGAAAAGUGGUGAUUUAAGAGUGUGUAUGGACCCAAAAGAUCUUAAUGAAAACAUCAAGCGUGAACAUUAUCAGAUACCCAAGCGUGAGGAAAUCACAAGUGAAAUGGCAGGUGCCAGCUUCUUCACAAAGCUUGAUGCGUCUCAAGGCUUUUGGCAGCUGAAACUGGAUGAAAGCAGCACCAAAUAUUGCACCUUUAAUACACCAUUCGGCAGAUAAUGCUUCCUCAGACUGCCCUUUGGGAUCAUCUCAGCAUCCGAAAUAUUUCACAGAGCGAUGGAGCACAUAAUUGAGGGGCUGGACGGUGUUAGGGCAUAUGUUGAUGACAUCAUUGUGUGGGGCUCUACACUACAAGAACACAAUGAGAGGCUGAAAAAGGUGCUGGAGCGCAUACACAAGUAUGGACUCAAGCUUAACAAGAGCAAAUGCGAGUUUGGAGUUCAAGAAGUUGUCUUUCUCGGAGACAAGCUCUCUGCACAAGGUGUACAAGCUGACCAAGAAAAUAUCAGAGCCAUACAGGAUAUGCCAAGGCCCACAGACAAGACAGGUGUACUUCGCAUUAUGGGGAUAGUCAACUUCAUAGGUAAAUUUAUUCCAAACCUAUCUGCAAAGACAUCUUGCAUCCGUGAGCUCCUGCACAAAGAAAACGAGUUUAAAUGGACAGUCAAACAUGAGCAAGAGUGGAAAACACUCGGACAGACACUCACAACUGCACCUGUAUUGACAUUCUUUGACCCAACAAAGAAGAUUAAAGUUUCAACAGAUACUUCAAAGGAUGGAAUAGGCGCAGUGCUCCUACAAGUUGAAGGCGAGCAUUGGAAACCAGUGGCCUAUGCAUCCAGGUCAAUGACACAGACUGAGUGCAGAUAUGCUCAAAUAGAAAAAGAAUGUCUGGGACUGGUUUAUGGCUUGGAGAAGUUCCACAGCUACGUUUAUGGCCUACCUUCAUUCACAGUAGAGACAGAUCCUCAUCCACUUGUAUCCAUCAUUAAAAAUAAUUUAAGUGAAAUGACACCAAGGAUACAGCGUCUCAUGAUGAAGAUGCAGAGAUAUGACUUUGAGCUGAUCUACACACCUGGAAAGCACCUGAUACUUGCUGAUGCUCUCUCACGAGCACCUACAGUGGAUUAUGUGAGUACAACUGAAGAGGAUGUGAAAAGUCAUGUGAACAUGGUGUCUGCUGCGCUUCCUGUAUCAGACACAAAGUCCAGACAGAUAGCUGAAGAAACAGCAAAAGACACAGAGCUGCAGUGUGUCAUUGCAAAUAUGCAAAAUGGAUGGCCUGUAGGUUCGUGUCCGCUCUUCUACCACAUCAGAGGUGAACUGAGUGUCGAGGAUGGACUAUUACUGAAACAACACAGGAUUGUCAUUCCACGCGCAUUGAGACAGGAAGUACUAAAAAAAAUACAUGAAGGUCAUCUGGGUGUUGAAAAAUGCAAAAGACGGGCGAGAGACAGUGUUUUCUGGCCUGGAGUAAAUAAAGACAUCGAGAGAC